AUGUCCACUCCAGAUCCUCCAAUGGGAGGAACUCCUCGCCCAGGGCCUUCUCCUGGACCCGGCCCAUCACCUGGUGCAAUGUUGGGCCCCAGUCCUGGACCCUCGCCUGGCUCUGCACAUAGUAUGAUGGGACCCAGCCCUGGACCACCUUCAGCAGGACACGCUAUCCCACCUCAGGGGUCUGGGGGCUAUGCUCAGGACAAUAUGCAUCAGAUGCACAAGCCAAUGGAUUCCAUGCAUGAGAAGGGAAUAUCUGAUGAUCCUCGGUACGGCCAGAUGAAGGGGAUGGGAAUGAGGCCAGGUGGGCACACAGGAAUGGGGCCUCCUCCAAGCCCAAUGGAUCAGCAUUCUCAAGGUUACCCUUCUCCGCUCGGUGGUUCUGAGCAUGCCUCAAGCCCAGUUCCAGCUAACGGUCCAUCCUCUGGCUCGCAAAUGUCCUCCGGUCCUGGCGGAGUCCCGUUGGACGGUACUGACCCACAGGCAUUAGGACAACAGAACCGGGGCCCAACCCCUUUUAACCAGAACCAACUGCACCAGUUAAGAGCUCAGAUCAUGGCCUAUAAGAUGCUUGCCAGAGGGCAGCCUUUACCUGACCAUCUUCAGAUGGCAGUGCAGGGAAAGAGACCAAUGCCUGGAAUGCAGCAGCAAAUGCCGACGCUACCUCCACCCUCUGUAUCUGGGACAGGGCCAGUGCAAGGAGCAGGGCCUGGGCCUGGACCAGGACCAACACCUCCAAAUUACAACAGACCUCAUGGUAUAGGAGGGCCUAACAUGCCGCCUCCUGGACCCUCAGGAGUUCCCCCAGGAAUGCCUGGGCAGCCCCCUGGUGCACCCCCAAAGCCCUGGCCUGAAGGACCAAUGGCAAAUGCUGCAGCCCCCACUAGCACACCUCAGAAACUGAUUCCUCCUCAGCCAACUGGCCGUCCUUCACCAGCACCCCCGGCGGUACCUCCUGCAGCAUCUCCUGUAAUGCCACCCCAAACUCAGUCACCCGGGCAGCCAGCCCAGCCUGCCCCCAUGGUGCAGCUCCAUCAGAAGCAGAAUCGUAUCACGCCGAUCCAGAAGCCAAGAGGACUUGACCCAGUGGAAAUCCUUCAGGAGAGGGAAUACAGAUUGCAGGCUCGCAUUGCUCACAGAAUCCAAGAGCUAGAAAACCUGCCUGGGUCCCUGGCUGGUGACCUGAGAACCAAAGCUACCAUUGAACUGAAAGCACUAAGACUGCUUAACUUCCAGAGACAGCUGCGUCAGGAAGUCGUGGUGUGCAUGAGACGAGACACUGCCCUGGAAACGGCACUGAAUGCCAAGGCAUACAAACGCAGCAAGCGGCAGUCCCUGCGCGAGGCUCGCAUCACGGAGAAACUGGAGAAACAACAGAAGAUCGAGCAAGAACGGAAACGCAGACAAAAGCACCAGGAAUACCUCAAUAGCAUUCUCCAGCAUGCCAAGGAUUUCAAAGAAUACCAUCGAUCCGUCACGGGCAAAAUUCAAAAGCUUACAAAAGCUGUGGCCACUUACCAUGCGAACACUGAGCGUGAGCAGAAGAAAGAGAAUGAGAGGAUCGAGAAAGAGCGAAUGCGCAGGUUGAUGGCUGAGGAUGAAGAAGGGUAUCGUAAGCUUAUCGAUCAGAAGAAAGAUAAGCGCUUGGCAUAUCUACUCCAGCAGACAGACGAGUAUGUGGCCAACCUGACCGAGCUGGUGCGACAACACAAGGCCGCACAGGUGGCAAAGGAGAAAAAGAAGAAAAAGAAAAAGAAGAAGGCAGAGAAUGCAGAAGGGCAAACUCCUGCAAUUGGACCAGAUGGCGAACCUCUGGAUGAGACCAGCCAAAUGAGUGAUCUCCCUGUGAAAGUGAUCCAUGUGGAAAGCGGUAAAAUCCUUACUGGCACAGAUGCUCCAAAGGCUGGACAGCUGGACACGUGGUUGGAAAUGAACCCAGGAUACGAAGUAGCUCCCAGAUCUGACAGUGAAGAAAGUGGGUCAGAGGAGGAGGAAGAGGAGGAGGAAGAGGAGCAGCCGCAACCUGCUCAGCCUGCCCUGCCUGUGGAGGAAAAGAAGAAGAUCCCAGAUCCAGACAGUGACGAUGUGUCAGAAGUCGAUGCCAGGCACAUUAUUGAAAAUGCUAAGCAAGAUGUUGAUGAUGAGUAUGGGGUCUCCCAAGCUCUGGCGAGGGGAUUACAAUCUUACUACGCUGUGGCCCACGCCGUCACUGAACGAGUGGACAAACAGUCCACGCUCAUGGUCAAUGGCGUCCUCAAACAAUACCAGAUUAAAGGCUUGGAGUGGCUCGUCUCUUUGUACAAUAAUAACCUGAAUGGUAUCCUGGCGGAUGAGAUGGGUCUGGGCAAAACGAUCCAGACCAUCGCUUUAAUCACAUACCUCAUGGAGCACAAGCGUAUCAAUGGACCCUUCCUCAUUAUUGUACCUCUCUCAACGUUGUCAAACUGGGCAUAUGAAUUUGAUAAAUGGGCUCCUUCUGUGGUGAAGGUUUCAUACAAGGGCUCUCCAGCAGCAAGACGGGCAUUUGUACCUCAGCUUCGAAGUGGGAAAUUUAAUGUCUUGCUCACAACCUACGAGUACAUCAUCAAAGAUAAGCACAUUCUUGCCAAGAUUCGCUGGAAGUACAUGAUUGUUGAUGAAGGUCACAGAAUGAAGAAUCACCACUGUAAGCUAACCCAAGUCCUCAACACACACUACGUAGCGCCGCGUCGUUUGCUGCUGACAGGAACUCCACUACAGAAUAAGCUGCCAGAGCUGUGGGCUCUACUCAAUUUCCUCCUUCCCACCAUCUUCAAGAGCUGUAGCACAUUUGAGCAGUGGUUUAAUGCUCCGUUUGCCAUGACCGGAGAGAAGGUGGAUUUGAAUGAAGAAGAAACUAUUCUGAUUAUCCGUCGUUUGCACAAAGUGCUGCGUCCCUUCCUGCUAAGACGGUUAAAGAAGGAGGUAGAAGCACAGCUGCCUGAAAAGGUGGAGUAUGUGAUCAAGUGUGACAUGUCAGCAUUACAGAGGGUGCUGUAUAGACACAUGCAGGCCAAGGGCGUGCUGCUCACCGAUGGCUCGGAGAAGGAUAAAAAGGGCAAAGGUGGUACAAAAACCCUGAUGAACACCAUCAUGCAGCUGAGGAAGAUCUGUAACCAUCCGUACAUGUUUCAGCACAUAGAGGAAUCCUUUUCAGAGCACUUAGGUUUCACUGGAGGUAUUGUACAGGGACUAGACCUGUACCGAGCAUCUGGCAAAUUUGAGCUCCUGGACCGGAUCCUUCCCAAACUACGAGCCACCAACCACAAGGUGCUGCUGUUCUGUCAGAUGACCUCGCUCAUGACCAUCAUGGAAGACUACUUCGCAUACCGUGGCUUCAAAUACCUGCGGCUGGAUGGAACCACUAAAGCUGAAGACCGCGGCAUGCUGCUGAAGACCUUCAACGAGCCCGGCUCUGAAUAUUUCAUUUUCCUGCUGAGCACUCGAGCCGGAGGGCUGGGACUGAACUUACAGUCUGCCGAUACUGUGAUUAUUUUUGACAGUGACUGGAAUCCGCACCAGGAUUUGCAGGCCCAGGACCGAGCGCAUCGUAUUGGGCAGCAGAACGAGGUGCGUGUGCUCCGCCUCUGCACCGUGAACAGCGUGGAGGAGAAGAUCCUGGCUGCAGCCAAGUACAAGCUGAACGUUGAUCAGAAGGUCAUCCAGGCCGGCAUGUUCGACCAGAAAUCCUCCAGCCACGAGCGGAGAGCUUUCCUCCAGGCUAUCCUAGAGCACGAGGAGCAGGAUGAGAACAGAUACAGCACGGGCAGCGGCAGUGGCAGUGCAAGCUUCCCCCACACUGCCUCAACCCUGUGCCUGAACCCUGACUUGGAGGAGCCACCUCUAAAGGAAGAAGAUGAAGUUCCCGACGAUGAAACGGUCAACCAGAUGAUUGCCCGUCAUGAAGAGGAAUUUGACCUUUUUAUGCGCAUGGACCUGGACCGCAGGCGGGAGGAAGCACGCAAUCCAAAGCGAAAGCCACGUCUAAUGGAAGAGGACGAGCUGCCAUCCUGGAUUAUUAAGGAUGAUGCUGAAGUGGAGAGGCUCACAUGUGAGGAGGAGGAGGAGAAGAUGUUUGGGCGAGGGUCACGUCACCGUAAGGAGGUGGACUACAGUGACUCGCUUACCGAGAAGCAGUGGCUCAAGGCUAUAGAGGAGGGCACACUGGAGGAGAUCGAGGAGGAGGUUCGUCAGAAGAAAUCUUCCCGCAAACGCAAGCGAGAUGUUGACGUUGGCUCUGCCACCCCGACUACCAGCACCCGCAGCCGGGACAAAGACGAUGAUAGCAAAAAGCAGAAAAAGCGCGGCAGGCCUCCCGCCGAAAAGCUCUCCCCAAACCCCCCCAACCUCACCAAAAAAAUGAAGAAGAUUGUGGAUGCUGUGAUUAAAUACAAGGACAGUAGUAGUGGACGCCAGCUUAGCGAAGUCUUCAUCCAGCUGCCUUCUCGCAAAGAGCUCCCGGAGUACUACGAGCUCAUCCGCAAGCCAGUGGAUUUCAAAAAAAUAAAGGAACGCAUCCGCAACCACAAGUACCGCAGCCUGAAUGACCUGGAGAAGGACGUCAUGCUGCUGUGUCAGAACGCACAGACCUUUAAUCUGGAAGGCUCUCUGAUCUACGAAGACUCGAUAGUGCUGCAAUCCGUCUUCACCAGUGUGAGGCAGAAAAUUGAGAAAGAGGAAGACAGUGAAGGUGAGGAGAGUGAGGAGGAGGAGGAAGGAGAAGAGGAAGGAUCUGAAUCAGAGUCUCGCUCUGUCAAGGUGAAGAUCAAGCUGGGCAGAAAGGAGAAAGCACAAGACCGGCUGAAGGGUCGCAGGCGCACGAGCCGCGGCUCCCGGGCCAAGCCAGUGGUUAGUGACGACGAUAGUGAAGAGGAGCAGGAAGAGGAUCGCUCAGGAAGUGGCACCGAAGAUGAUUAA